GGCAUCCUUCUAUGAACUGGAAGGCAGUCGAGAUGUGAUCACCAUCCUGACCGAUGCUGAAAAGGACCCACGUGUCAUGGGUUUUGCUUUGGAAGGAGAUGAGAAUGAACUUCAAGGCCAAGCUGAAGCUAAUGGAGAACAGAUCGAUGUUGAAAUCCUAGCACCAGAGGAUGAUGUUGAGAUUGAAGGUCAAGACAUUGACCAAGGCAAUGCUGGAGUUGGUCCUCAAG